AUUUCUCAGGCUUGAAAUCCAAUAGAGGACUGACUCAGUAGAACUUCCUUCUACCACUAUGAAGAAAAGUGGUGUUCUUCUGUUUUUAGGCAUCACUUUCCUGAUUCUGAUUGGAGUUCAAGGGUCUCCAGUGAUGAGGAACAGACGCUGUUCCUGCAUCACCACAGAAAGAGGGAUGAUCCACUUCAAAGCCUUAAAGGACCUUCAGCAGUUUCCCCCAGGCCCUUCUUGUGAUAACACUGAAAUCAUUGCUACAAUGAAGAAUGGGAAUCAAACAUGUUUAAAUCCAAAUUCAAGAAAUGUGAAAAAAUUGAUUAAAGAGUGGGAGAAACAGGCCAUCCGAAAGAAAAAGCCAAAGAAAGUGAAAAACAUCAAAAAAAGCAGGAAAUUCCAAAAAAGUUAAAAGAUCUCAGUGUCCUCAAAAGAAGACUACAUGAGCAACCACUUUACCAACAAGCAUUUUGUGUUAAAAAGGUUCUUUUUCAUUAUACUGAAAUAAUUCCAAUAGGGGAUGGCCCCUUAAUCCAUAAACUUGCUUAUCUGACUGAAAUUUUUAAAGCAUCACUAUAAAAUUGUAAUUAAAGCUAGGAAGUGGCUUUUAAAA